AUGUCCGACGCUGAUUGGGAGAGCAAGACCGUCAUUGGCUAUAAGGCCAAGGCUCCCAAAGUCACCCGUAAUACCUCUGAUUUGAACGGUCAGUCCGUACAGUUUUUAUCAGUUUCCACGGAGGCUGAUCAGCCUAUUGUUCGGUUCUGUAGCUGCGCUGUCGUGGCUACUGAGAAGAAGGUUACAGCAGCGACCAACAAGGCGCAUCAAGGCACCGACCACCAGCGAAUAGCCAAGCUCGACCGCGAGAAUGAAGUAGCACCCCCACCGAAGAUCGCGCCCUCCGUCGGGAAGGCGAUGCAAACAGCGCGUAUGGACAAGCAACUCUCGCAGAAGGACGUCGCACAGAAGAUUAACGAGAAGCCGUCCGUGCUACAGGACUACGAGGCUGGGCGUGCCAUCCCGAACCCGCAGAUCCUCGCCAAGCUCGAGCGCGUGCUCGGCGUCAAGCUGCGCGGUGCGGAUAUUGGGAAGAAGCUGGGGGGGCCGAAGGCACCGUAG